UGUUCAAAUAUUUUUCACAAGAUAUUUUCUAUCGCUAAUCAGCCAUGUUGUCUAGUGAUGGAGGACCGCACUUUCAGCGUAGUGAUUCGGAAGUUGCAGUAGCGGUUCCAGUAAACAACAGCUUGACACAAGUAUUUGGAUAUUUGCAUUUAUUUAUUAUGGAAGAAUUGCACAUGUCUCUGCAGCAACCAGAUAUUCCUAAUUCUACCUCGGAUAUCGACAACUCAACAAGUUCUGAUAUUGGGACAAAGAUGGAAACACAGAGCGAAGUUGCUACACGAAACCAGGGAUUAAUGCAAACUUAUUAUUUUUGCUGUACAUUCAUGAGAUGUUUAAUUGUACCAUGCAUCCUGAUUUUGGUAAUUUGUCUGCUCUGGGAAAAAUACUGUGUGAGUCUACGAGACAAAACAUGCAAUUUACCCCUGCCAAACGGACGCAUGGGAUUUCCAAUAGUUGGCGAGAUGUUUCAUUUCCUUUUCUUGGGCGUUACGUUACAGAGGGCCAGACGAAAAGAAUUUGGGCCUAUAUACCGUACCCAUCUUUUCGGUCGACCAACCAUUAGAGUAUCGGGCGAAAAAUACAUCAAGAAACUUCUACUAGGAGAAGGUCAACUGGUAGAGACAAAGUGGCCUUACACGACGCAAGUUAUAUUGGGAUCAGACGGAAUUGUUAAUGGAUGUAAGAAGACGCACACGACCAUAAAGAGACUGACGCUGCGUGCCUUGUCACCAAGAUUUAUGGAGACGUACGCAUCCUCGGUGCAAAGGAGCGUAAAACGUCACGUUGCGAAUUGGAACGAUAGGAGUGAGAUUCACGUUUUGGAAGAGUGCAAACAAUUGAUUACAAAAACUAUGAUGACGGUGCUGUUGGGAAUUAGAGAGGACGAUCCAGAUAUACAAAAAUACAUCACAGCGGCAGAUGACAUAAUAAACGGCAUUUUGUGUAUUCCUCUGGACACCCCUUACUCAUCGUGGAGAAAGGGUAAACAAGCAAGAAAAUUUAUAUUUGAAAAGUUGAAAACAACGCUGAAAUCAAAAAUGGAAUGUCGAGAUGAUGAAUUGUUCAGUACACAAGGAUUCUCCACCGCUAAUAGGCCAGUCGUAUCAUCGAUCGACGAAUUGGCUGCAUUGAGUGGAAGUUGCGACAGUGUGCUUGUGAAUAUAAUAAAAAUUGCGAGACUUGAAGGAGAAACAAGUCUACAAUUGAAGAAUCUUCAAAAUCUUGCUUUGGAAAUCAUCUUCGCGGGGACACAGAGUCUACAGUCAUCCUCUUCUUUGUUAAUUCUACAUUUAAGUCAACAUCCGGAGGUUCUUGAUAAGCUACGGAAAGAAAUCAAAGCCAACGGAUUAUGGGAUAUGUCAUUGGAGGAAAUCCCUUACGCGAAAGUAAAUUCGCUAUCCUACGUCAGCCAUGUUGUCAAUGAAGUACUGCGCGUCACACCCCCUAUUCCAGGAGCAAUACGACUCGCUAAGAAGACUUUCGAUUUGGGCGGUUAUCAAGUUCCUAAAGGUUGGCAAGUCAUGUUUAGUAUUCGAGAAACACAUGAAAUGGCUUCUGGACGGGAAAAGCCUUUGCAGGCUGCGCAUCUCGAAUACAACCCAUCAUAUUUUGCCUGUGGAAAAUGCGAAAAGCAGAAGCAACAGAAGAGUACUCACGUGAUUCAUGCAGACGAUACUAAAUCACAUAUAUGCCACAAUAAGAAUGGACCAUUUAGUUUCAUCCCUUUUGGAAAAGGAAGUCGCAUGUGUGCAGGGGUAAAUUAUGCACUUUUUGUACUCCGUGUGCUCACAAUUGAAGUUGUACGAAAAUCAAAUUUUCGCCCAACUACACCAAUAAAGCUAAAGUGCAUUCCAAUGACGAAACCGGCACAUUCCGUGAAAGUUAGUUUUAAACCAUUAUCGCCCAGUUCUCAUGAAUCCUGUUAGUCAGAUAAUAUCCUCGGUGCAAAUAAGCAUAUUCGUUGAUAAGUAGCCUCUCGACUCGAGGCUACGAAAAUUUUCGAAAAUUGUGGCGCUACAGUUUAUUUUAUCAGGUGGUGUCUUCAUGACACGUUAGGUGGUAAAUCGUGUUUUGGGCUAUUGUGCAUGAUAUUUAUUUAUAAAGUUAUCACUGCCGGAAUCCAUGACCUUAGUCUAUUUUCUGACUUGAAAUGUUAUACGUAUACUUCUCAUGACAAAUCUUGCUAUUCUAUGUUAAAAUAAUUUAAUUUAUUUUGUUAUAUAUGUCUAUAUUUAUUGAUCGUUGACGUCCUGUUGAACCAUGCUCUUUUUCAUUGAUAUGUCCAGCCCAAACUUUGUGCUAUGCCAGCUAAAAGCGCACGCGUGAAUGGAGCGUUGUGAUGUUUAUUUCAUUUAUACUACUAUAAAUAAGAAACAGGAAUGCCAGUUAUAGCGUAACUUUGGUGCCGAUUAUGUUUGUUCAGUACUAAUAAAAAUGGAGAACCCGA